CACGCAUCCUUGUCUCCGUUUUUCUGUACCAGAAAUCGUUUAAGGUUGAAUGGAAGUAUGAUAAUGAUAAGUCAUGGAUCGUAAUCAUAUCUUUACUUCGGUGUUUUGCUGAUUUUUGGAUGAACAGUCGUUUGAAAACCUUUGUCAAUCGCGGAAGCAAAAAAACAGAAGAAAGAAAACGAGUUAAUCAUGGCCAAUUUUCGGUUGGCGACUGUCUUGUGUUUCGCAGUUUUUCUCGAUUUUUCGGCUGCGACAAAUAGCGACAGCAACAUGAUGCACAAAGUACGACGGCCUUCCAUCAAUAAUUUAUUCUACCGAACAAGGAUCAGGAAACCCGUUGUUCCGUUAUCUCUGAUGAAUCAGCCAAGGAUUCAAAAUCGAGUUUUCUCUUGUCCUUCGGCAUACGGAACAUACCCGCAUGAGGAGUUUUGCAAUUUGUACUACGAAUGUCACGAAAGCACGGCUUUCCUAUUUAAGUGUCCGUUUGACUGGCUCUUUGACUCUUCGAUGCGGCUCUGCGACUUUCCGAAAAAUGUCGAUUGCAACGGCCUGACCAUCUCCUCGCCAGGACCAAAUACUCCGACACCAACGGCGGUGGUAACUGAUGGCACCACCUCGAGCACACCAGCAUGGACCACAAGAUCACCACCAACAACAGCUGAAGUGACUGACGCAUUAACUACGCAAACGAUUCGGACAACACCAGGUCCGUUCCAUUGUCCGCCAACUGAUGGCAUUUAUCCGAAUCCUACCGACUGCUCCUCCUUCUACCAAUGCGUCGCUGGAACCUCCUUUCUUCAAGAGUGUCCUGAUGGUACCAAUUUCAACCCGGAAACGACGCAGUGCGAAUUAGGCGACGAAUUUUGCGACGAAAAACAAAAUGGAAAGAAAAAUCAUAUUUUGAUGACAGAAGAACUCCAAACAACAGUAUCAGAAGAACCCGAAACGAGCAGCACCACAAGAGCUCCUGUUGCAACACCAUCCACCUGGUUUGAGUGUCCAGAACCUGAAGGAGACUUUGUCAGUCCCUACAAUUGUUCGGUUUACUUCCAAUGCACAAAUGGACUCCCCUGGGAAGUGGUCUGUCCUGAUGGUCUCUGGUUCGAUACGAACCUGGGCAGGUGCAACUGGGCAGCCCAAGUGGAUUGUCAAGCUCAUCCCACCUCGUCCUUGGCUCUUCAUCGUCCCAGAGUUAUUUUGCCUGAGCUUGAAGAACAAGUUUUAUCCAACGAAAGUAUCCCUGAAGAAGACGAAUUGGAGGAAACCACAAUCGUGGAAGAAGGAACUUCCGUCACCUUUUCAACAGCUGUGACGCCAGUCAAUUGGUUCGAGGUAUACAAUAUACAAUGA